GAAGCCUCUGGACACCACAUUUUCCCAUCAGUACAGAUCCCCAGGAUAACUUACAGUAUUCUCAGAGGGAAGUGUCUCUCAGCUCACCUCAUCUCAUUGUUGCACAGAUGCCUCACAGCAAGGUUUCAUUCUGAACAACUAGGCUACUCCUGAAUAGAUCAUGACCUUAGAGGAUCUUUCCGCAUAUGACUUCCACAAUCAUACACCAUAUGACUACAACAACACACCGUGGUUCAUCUAUGACUGCACCAUCACUCUGGACCAUGACUACAGACGCAUUGCCCUCUUCCUCAUGUCCUUGUUUACCUUCAUGGUGGGGCUGGUCGAGAACGUCUUGGUGGUGUGGGUCAACUGGCGCCGGCGCCACACAGCCAGUGGCGUGCUCUUCUGUGUCAUCAACGUCAGCCUGUCUGACCUGAUGAUUGUAGCGAUAUCGCCCUUCUUCAUGCUUGAGUUCACCAUGGACAAGGUAUGGAUCUGGGGUCGCUUCCUCUGCCGCGUCACACACCUGGUCUUCAUGCUCAACUUCUACAGCAGCUCCUUCUUCCUGGCCCUCAUGACCCUCGAGCGCUACCUGGCACUGGCCCGGCCUUCGGCUCAGCCCCUUUUCCCGCGAGACCGCCGCCGCCGGUGGCUGCUGUGUGCUGGGGUGUGGCUGCUCUCGCUGGUGCUGGCCCUGAUAGAGAACGCACACGUUGACCUGGUGGAGUGGGAUGAGCCCGGCUGCUACCUGAUGCCCGAGUACAACUACACCGGCUGGUUUGUUGGCAUCACGCUCAUUGCACUCAUCUUUCAGUUCUUAGGCCCCAGCAUCAUCAUCAUCACCUGCAAUGUGCUGAUAGCGCGGGCGGUGCGCUCGGCCCCCGACGUGCAGGGCAGGCGGGACGUGUGGCUGGUGCACGUGUACUCACUGGUGUUUGUGCUGACUUGGCUGCCCUACCACUUUGUGUUCUUCCUGCUGAUGGUGGAGGACCUGCAUCCGCACCUCUUCUCCUGCAACACAGUCGAAGUGCUCUACUUCUCCUACGACAUUGUGCAGUGCCUGUCGUUCCUCCACUGUGUGGCCAACCCCAUCCUCUACAACUUCCUAAGCAAGAGCUUCCGCACCAACCUGAUCAAUUCAGUGGUGCAGUACUUACCCCCACCAGAGGCCCAGGCUAAUGCUAAUGCUAACACAGCUGAUGGCACUACGGGGACAAAGGCGGGGAAUCAGCGCAAGCUCAGCAAUGCCAGCACCAGCCAGUCCGACGCGGGCUCCUAGGAUGCGAAAGCCGUACUAAGACUCCUGAGAGAUUCUGAGAAGUGUCGGCUAAGAUUCUGUCACAACCUGAUGGGGUAGGGAAGAACACAGAGACCAAAGUGAAGAGAGAAAAUAUUUAUUUCCUUUCACUCCCUCACAAAUGUUAUGUCCCAGAGGAACUUCUUAGAAAGAAUCCUGAAAGCUGGGGAGGAGUUCAUUUACCUAACUGGUGACACCUAUUCUAUCUGAGUAGUAUUUACCUGUGUGAAGGAGAACCAUGACAGGCUAUGAAUUGAACAUAUAAUUAGACACAGAUGAUGCUAGAUGUUUUUGAAACUAAGCUACAAACACUUUUCUGCAUUGCUCCUAUCUAUAGUACCAGCCUCUCAAAAGUGAAUUACUUUUUCAUGUGUUGCAUUAUUUGUACAUAUUAUUGUUGUUAAAGUCCACCAAAACUGUAUAUACAUCAUUCAAUGCUACUACAUAGCCCUCAAUAAAAAGCACUUCUUCUGGUAGACCUAUGUCUUUAACAUUUUCAGUACUACUUUACUGUAUGUGGCCUGCUGAAAAAGACUGCCAGCCUAGUAACUUAAUUUCUUAACAUACACUGUAUAAAAUCAUGUUUAUAUCAUUUAGCAUUUGUUUAAUUUUAAACACAUGGUAUUAAACAUCACUCUGCAUAGAAAUUGUAACACACUGUGGAGCAGAACUGUGAUAAAAAUGUAUUUCAGAGUCAGGGAAAAUAUUGUGACCGAUGUGGAGGGCUCCUAUGUCUGUGUGUGCGCAAACAUAAAAUGUCGUUGUAAUUUUGUAGAUUUUCUGUAAGGAUUUUGUGCAUUACCUUCAGGUAUCUCAAAUGUUUGUAUCAAUGUGCAAUCAGUUAUAAAAAACUAUAAGCUACAAACUCUUAUCCCUAGCCCUCAGUCAUCAUUAUUCUGUAACAAAGCCAAACAAAGGCAAGAAUAUGUCUCAAUGCCUCUGUUCAUCAACUCAAAUGGAUUUCCUUGACCAGUUCUCACUGACAUUGAUUUGCAUACAAUUGGGAGUCCUGAAUGUGAACUGAGAGGAAAUAAAAAAAGUCAACUAUG